GUACGAUGCAGUCGGGCCCUUUACUGGGUGGUCCUCGCAUCGUCGCUGUUUGCAUUAUUGCACGUUGUUGACUCCGAAACCUUCCCGCCGGCGGCUCGAAGAUUCAACGACGAUGUCAACGAGCUCAUGGAAGGGAUAUUGGGAGACAAGUACGAGCACGAUCUAGAUGAAGAGGACCAUGGACGAGCACCAGACUACCCGUUGGAGGACGAUCAUGGGCUCGGGAGGCAGGGCGUGCAUGUCAUGGAUGAGGAAGAAGAGGAACACUGGAGGGAAAUGGAGAAAGGGUUCUUUGACGAGGCAGACCUGAACAAGGACGGCGAGUUGGACCUGCGGGAGUAUGCAAAGGCCUUGUUCAAGGAUUCGCACGUGAGGACGACAAAACCCGGGGCGGGGAAUGAUACAGGAAGCUCGGUGGGAAACGUGGAGGAAGUGGAGAAGCAGCAGAUGGAGACCAUGAAGAAGCAGUUUCACGAGGAUGAUGGAGACGGCAACUCCAGGAUCAGCUUCGAGGAGUGGUUGCAUGCUAUGUACCACAACAUCCCGCAGGAGCCAGACUAUGAGGACGGCCACGACUUCCACAGUUUUGUCGGAAACCUCACAGAGACGGAGAUGAACGAGGCAAAGGACGAAGCCCGGAAGGACUUCGAUCUCAUGGACUCCAACAAGGACGGGCAAGUCUCGUACGAGGAGUUGACAAACCACGUCGCACAGCACAACUCUGAGAGCUCAGAGCAGGAUAUGUCACCGGAAGAGACCAAACAGAUGAUCGACGAGAUCUUUGCCGACCUUGAUCAUGACAACAGCUCGCACGUCUCCUUCGACGAAUUCUUCCAGAUGCAUCUGCGUGACUUGCAUGAGGAUGUUCACGAGGGAUACUUCCAUCACAACCAUCUCCACGGCGAUCCAGAGGGGAUGUACCAUGACGACUACAUGCCCGAAGGAGAAGACUUUCAUCAUGGCGGGCCCCCGCACCUCGACGACUCUCUUGACGACGAGCACGACGAAAGCCAUGAUGUGGGGUUGGACAGUAUGCACCUGUACGAAUAGGUUGACUUUUAAGAAAAUGUUUUCAUGUCUUGC